AAUGUGGCUCCGAGUAUAAAAAGCUAGCCGUCAUGUGUCUGUCCCUCCCUCUCUGCCUCUGUCCGUCGGCCAGGCUGCUGCUGCUUUAACCUGCCCGAACCAAAACACCACAAAACAACCAUGUCCGAGAAACUCCCCUACAAAGUUGCUGACAUCAGCCUGGCCGAAUGGGGGCGCAAGGCCAUCGAUAUUGCAGAGAACGAGAUGCCCGGUCUGAUGAAGAUGAGGGAGAUGUACGGUCAGUCCAAGCCGCUGAAGGGCGCCCGCAUCGCCGGCUGCCUCCACAUGACCCUGCAGACCGCCGUGCUCAUCGAGACCCUCACCGCCCUCGGAGCUGAGGUUCAGUGGUCCAGCUGCAACAUCUUCUCCACUCAGGAUCACGCUGCUGCCGCCAUCGCCAAGUCAGGUGUUCCAGUGUACGCCUGGAAAGGAGAGACGGACGAGGAGUACGUGUGGUGCAUCGAGCAGACUCUGUACUUCAAGGACGGCCAGCCGCUCAACAUGAUCCUGGACGACGGAGGAGACCUCACCAACAUGGUGCACCAGAAGAACCCCAAGCUGCUGGCAGGUAUCCGUGGUUUGUCUGAGGAGACGACUACAGGCGUCCACAACCUCUACAAGAUGAUGAAGAAGGGCGAGCUGAAGGUGCCCGCCAUCAACGUCAACGACUCCGUCACAAAGAGCAAGUUCGACAACCUGUACGGCUGCAGGGAGAGUCUGAUCGACGGCAUCAAGAGAGCCACCGACGUGAUGAUCGCGGGUAAAGUGGCGGUGGUGGCGGGCUACGGGGACGUGGGCAAAGGCUGCGUCCAGGCCCUGCGAGGCUUCGGAGCUCGCGUCAUCGUCACGGAGAUCGACCCCAUCAACGCCCUGCAGGCCGCCAUGGAGGGUUACGAGGUCACCACCAUGGACGAGGCUUCUAAGGAAGGAAACAUCUUCGUCACCACCACCGGCUGUGAGGACAUCAUCCUGGGACAUCACUUUGAGAACAUGAAGGACGACGCCAUCGUCUGCAACAUCGGACACUUUGACUGUGAGAUCGACAUGAACUGGCUCAUCAAGAACGCUGCUGAGAAGAUCAACAUCAAGCCUCAGGUGGAUCGUUUCCGUCUGAAGAGCGGCCGCCACGUCAUCGUCCUGGCCGAGGGCCGGCUGGUCAACCUGGGCUGUGCCAUGGGACACCCGUCCUUCGUCAUGAGCAACUCCUUCACCAACCAGGUUCUGGCUCAGAUCGAGUUGUGGACGAACACCGCCAAAUACCCCGUUGGAGUCUACUUCUUGCCCAAGAAGUUGGACGAGCAGGUGGCCGCCGCCCACCUGGACAAACUGGGCGUGAAGCUGACCAAACUGUCGGACAAGCAGGCCAAAUACCUGGGUCUCCCCACCGAGGGGCCCUUCAAACCGGACCACUAUCGCUACUGAGCGCCCUGUCCAGCUGGAGAAGAGAAGAAGAAGAAGAAGAAGAAGGAGGAGGAGGAGGUGUGGCUUGAAGGGUGUUGGUGUUUAGGUGUAGCAGGGUUCGGUGGGUGGAAACACUUUGAGAGUUUGGCCAGGUUGCACUCUGCGCACCUUUUUAUUUUUUGGGUUUUGGACUUCCAAAUGUCAACUUUUCAGGGAUCCAGAGACAGUUUUCUUUGUUUCUUCUCCUUGUUAAAUAGCCUUUCAUAUCAAAAUGCUUCAGCAAUGUGUUCCCCAAGUUGCAUCCUGUGUCGAUCACGGGUGAAAUUUGGAACCAACGCCUUGUUUUGCUUCGCUGAGGUGACAUCUGACUCUUUUAAUGUGCCAGCAGCUGCUGUUGAAUCACUCGUUUCUGGUCCAAGCAAAACUUUUGCUGCCCCAGACAACUUUGCAUUGACCCAAAGCUUCUUUUAGCAGCUUUAUGUUUGUCAGGAAGGUGCAGAGGGCUGUUUUUUCAACCCUGAAUCAUCUAAAAUAAGUAUUAGUUUGCAUCAAUCACGCCAAUAUCUCCAGUCCUCCGCCGUCUCUCCUCUUCCUUUUCUCAUCAACUCUCUUCUGAAACACCAUCAAGUGCUACUGUGGCUGUUAAAGAGAUAAAAUACCUCUUGUUGUGCGUCAUUCCCUCUCCAUGUCUAAUGGAUAAUAAAAUAAAUCCUGAAGCUUUUCUUACCGGAUGCGAUUUUUAUCGUCGUGGGGAAAAAGCGACAGAACAGGUUUUUCUUCUGCAUCUUUGUUGAAUCGCGGCAAAACGGUUUAGUGUACAGCGGCCUUAUUCCAGUAUUUUCUCAUUAACGCUGCCCUGUGUUAGCACUUAAUAAAUACUGUACCUGACCUGUGGGAGAAGAUGCUCAUGGUGCGCUUUGUGUUUCUGGUUGUUGGAGAGUAAAGAGAAGCCACCAAAGCUCAUCAUGCAUUAAUUAACCUGGUUUAUAAGGAGUCUUAUUCUGUCUGUUGCCUCAUUUUCCUACUUUUUAUUGUGAUUAUUUAAUUUGACUUGAAGGGCCCGGAGCAUGUGCGACGGAUCCCCCAACCAACAAGUCCAUUGAUUUCUCACUGUAGCCAAUCAGGGUGACGUUAAAGCGGGUGGCCA